AAAAUACGUACUCUAUAUUAUGAUGAUAGACUGGUCUAUCGACGGCUGACUGACCAACCGUUCAGGAGCAUUCACGUUGCACAUAGCGAUCCAUCUCCGGUUGUUUGGAGGCUUCAAAAGUUCAAAGUCAAGACCUUGUAUUCCACUUGGGUCUCUCCUCAAUCUUCUUUUUUAUUCUCUGUUUUUUUUUUUUUCUGUAAAGCUAAUUACUCUCUCAGUCAUGGCGUCGAACAGUUGGGCGAUCUGAAUUGCUCCUUAUAACAAACUCGGUUUCGCAUUAUUUAAUAGAAGAGCUAAAUACAUUCUUCGGUAGUGGAUGGAAAACGCAGAUGUAUUCGGCUCGUCAACGGCGCCACUAACUUGGCAUGAUUUUCUCGAGCGGAUGCGACAACCCUCGGCCACAGAAUUCGUCAAGUCCAUCAAAAGCUUCAUUGUGUCGUUUUCAAACAAUGCUCCUGAUCCAGAGAAGGAUAGUGCUGCUGUGCAGGAGUUCCUUGCCAACAUGGAAAUGGCUUUUAGGGCUCAUUCACUUUGGGCUGGUUGUUCAGAAGAAGAGCUGGAGAGUGCUGGUGAAGGUCUUGAGAAGUAUGUAAUGACAAAAUUAUAUACCCGUGUAUUUGCCUCACUUCCAGAAGAUGUGAAACAUGAUGAACAACUUUCUGAGAAAAUGGCUUUAAUACAACAAUUUAUUCAUCCGGAAAAUUUGGACAUUAAAUCAACUUUCCAAAAUGAGGCAUCAUGGCUGCUUGCACAGAAAGAGUUGCAAAAGAUUAACAUGUAUAAGGCACCAAGGGACAAACUUGUUUGUAUACUCAGUUGUUGCAAGGUUAUCAACAAUCUAUUACUCAAUGCUUCUAUUGCUUCAAACGAGAAUCCUCCUGGAGCUGAUGAAUUUCUUCCUGUUCUUAUUUAUGUUACCAUAAAGGCAAAUCCUCCACAGUUGCAUUCAAACUUGCUAUAUAUACAACGCUAUAGGCGUCAGUCUAGAUUAGUCUCAGAAGCAGCAUAUUUCUUCACCAACAUGCUUUCUGCAGAGUCUUUCAUCUACAACAUUGAUGCAAAGUCCCUUUCAAUGGAUGAAACUGAGUUUGAAGAGAACAUGAAAUUUGCCCAGACACUUUUGUCAGGCCUGUCAACUGAUUUAGGUGUGCCUGAUCAGAGUAAUCAGGAUCUUGAGCAUGUCCAGAGAAAAGAACCUGUGGAUCCUAAAUUACAGCCAUUGGAUUCUAAGAAAGAAAGAUAUAAUGCUCCCCCUGCAAUACAACGUCAUCUUCCACAUCAAUCCUCUGAAAUCAAGUCUGCCAACAAGGAGGAUCUGCAUGCAAAGGAUCAGUCUUCAAUGACCAAGAGGCCAUCCAUCCCUGAUUUGGAGAAGGAAGGAGCUACUGAGCUUUUGAAGGAGGAUCAUCUAAGCAGAUUAUUCCAAGAAUACCGGUACUUGUACGCACAAGUAGGUGAUCUGACAAUCAAUGAUGUAGAAGACCUGCUAAAUAGUUACAAGCAACUUGUCUUCAAGUAUGUUUCUCUUCGUAAAGGGUUGGAUGGUACUACACCUAUGCCUAUUCCUCGAAGUCAACUACAAACCCAAAUCAAUGCCGAAAAGGAAUCUGAAGAGAAAAUAGAAACAGUGAUGAGUAAUGACAAGCACGAAGAUACUGGUAGAACAGAUGAUAUUAUAGAUCAAAGUACACUUGUAGAACAGAUGAUAUUAUAGAUCAAGGUACACCUGUAGAACAGAAAGUUCUGAAUCCAAGCUGCAGUUUAAAGAAACAGUUAAAUCUCAGGAAGAGGAAAAGAAUGAGAUUUCCCAAUGAUAACUGUGUUAUUUAAGUGACAUGUACUGAGUUUCAUGGCUGUGGUUGCUCAGAGCUAAUUUUAUUCUUUUUCUAUGCUAUUGAUAAAUUAUAUAGUUUUAUCCUUGUAUCUUGAUUUUCAAUUUUCUAAUUUUCCAGUACUCUUCGAAAAAGUAAGAGAGGAACUGUGGUCUGUUUCGACUUCAUGUACCAUAAAACCCUAGUUUUCACUUGAAAACAUUCAUUUGGUUCGUCUAAGAAUGAAAAUCAUUGUCUUUGGAAGA